AUGGGGAAUUGGCUUGUUUAUUUAAGUAUUUUCAUCAAAAAUACUACUAAUUUGGCUAAUGUAGAGAAAUGUCUUGUGGCAUGCCUAAACAAUAAUACUAAGCUUCUAUACCUAAGGGAGUUAUUAAAAGAGGCUAAUUCUGAGACUCCUAGAAAUGAAAGAAUUUGGGAUGAAGGUCUAAAUAGUUAUUGGAGUAUAAUAACAGCUUUAGAAAUUAAUGAAGAGGAAUCAUUUCUUGAUCUACCCAAUGGCGUCCAUAUUUUAGGAGAUCUAUAUAAACCUUUAACUUUGCUCAUCCGUAAAUGCUACCGAGAUCUAGCAAGUAUCGUCCUUGAUGAUAAUAUACGAAGAAUACGAAGAACUAUUUUAUAUGAAAGUGUUACUGAGCGAGCUUCAUACGUUUUUGAUAGAGAAGAAACCUUUCUUACUUUUGAUAAGAUCAUUACCCAUUCUCUCACUAUGCGAACUUUAAUAAGUAUCCUCUUGCAACAAUACUGGUUAAUGUCAGAAUGGAGUUUAGAUGAGAUCCAUAAAUGCAGAGAUAAAAUGUACCCUGAUACUGAUAUAAAGAAGGUUGAUAAGUUAUUUUCUAUAUGGGGAGGAAUCCCUAGGUUUGUUCUGGAGAAGGCCGAUGAUUAUGUUCAGCAACAAAAACUCAUAAAUGCAGUUAAAAUAUGCGGUGAGAAGAUAUUUGAUUAUAUUCGCAGACAUGAAGCUGGUGGAUUAGUGACUGAGAAAUUUAAACAAAAGAUAUUGGAAAAAUUGCUUAGAGAUAUUGAAGUAAGCUUGUUAACGGGUACAAGCGAUCAAUUCUUGGGUUGCUGUUUUGAGCAGAUUGCUCACCGGAUGUUACGAGAAGGAGGAAAUUUCAAAUAUCAUUCUUUAGAAUCUCAAGAUGGAGAUCUAUAUCAACCAUUUGCCAAGCAAGAAGAUGUACUCAUAUCUUCUGAUAUUGGAAAUAUUGAAAUGACAAGUACUAUCAGCCAGAAAUUAAAAAUUUUCCAUCAAUUGAUGCGAUUUGUGCUUCCAACAUUCUUUUACAAAUGA